ACAGUUUCUAAUCAACAAUCAUUACAUGAUUUUAUAAAUAAAAAAACACUAUUACCUAUUUCAAAACAAGAUAAAAUCACAAAUCGUAUUUUAGCCUGGAUCGUAGAUGAUCUUCAACCAUUUAACGCUAUUACUAAUAAUUGUUUUCGUGAUAUGAUUCUUGAAUAUGAACCAAGAUUUGA